CCUAUAAAUAUCGCCCAUCUCCCGUUCAAAAACCAGAAGAAGGGCUUCACUUCAUUUUACUCAAAAACCAGAAGAAGCCAGUCUGCGAGUUUUCAUUCAAAAUGCAGGAUUUCAAGUCAGAAGAUCAGCAUCCGUUACAAUUGGUUGAAGCAGAUGACCUCGAAGAUGAGGAUGUUUCAUUUGAAUCCAUUGAUAAGCUCAUUGCUCAGGGAAUAAACGCGGGCGAUGUUAAGAAACUUCAAGACGCGGGGAUUUACACAUGUAAUGGCCUUAUGAUGCAUACAAAGAAGAGUUUAACGAGUAUCAAGGGAUUAUCAGAGGCAAAGGUGGAUAAGAUUUGCGAAGCAGCGGAAAAGCUAGUGAAUUGCGGUUACUAUACAGGAAGCGAGGUUCUUCUCAAAAGGAAGGCUGUGGUUAGGAUCACAACGGGCAGCCAAGCGCUGGAUGAGUUACUCGGUGGUGGUAUUGAAACUCUGUCGAUUACUGAAGCAUUUGGGGAAUUCAGGUCGGGAAAGACCCAGUUGGCCCACACCCUCUGCGUCUCUACUCAGCUUCCAACUACCAUGCACGGUGGCAACGGGAAGGUGGCCUACAUCGACACUGAAGGAACCUUCCGUCCCGACCGCAUCGUGCCCAUCGCGGAGAGGUUCGGAAUGGACCCUAAUGCCGUCCUGGACAACAUCAUUUAUGCACGUGCCUACACGUACGAGCACCAGUACAAUUUGCUUCUUGGCCUUGCCGCCAAAAUGGCUGAAGAACCGUUUCGAUUGCUGAUUGUGGACUCGGUUAUUGCAUUGUUUCGUGUGGAUUUCACGGGCCGAGGCGAGCUUGCAGAGCGUCAGCAAAAACUGGCUCAAAUGCUUUCCCGCCUAAUUAUUUUUCGCAAUCAACAAAAACUGGCUCAAAUGCUGUCCCGCCUAAUUAAAAUUGCCGAGGAGUUCAAUGUCGCCGUCUACAUGACUAACCAAGUAAUUGCGGAUCCUGGAGGUGGUGUAUUCAUUUCGGAUCCAAAGAAACCAGCAGGUGGACAUGUUUUGGCUCAUGCGGCCACAAUAAGGCUCAUGUUCAGGAAAGGCAAAGGCGAGCAGCGUGUUUGCAAGGUCUUCGAUGCUCCAAACUUACCUGAAGCUGAGGCAGUAUUUCAGAUAACUCCUGGUGGCAUUGCAGAUGCAAAAGAUUGAUGCUAAGGAAGAGUGUGGGUGAGUGUUUUGUGUCGUUUAUUAGCAUUGGGAUAUGAGAAUUCAUAUUUGUCAUGGAAAAACUAGUUUAGUUUAGAGGACUUUCCACCAAUGCUAGCUCCCACAUGCUACUGGAAAUGUGCCUCCAUUUAAUAGCGCAUGUUUUAGUUACAAUGUUUCAAUGGCCUGUGGGAAAAUUACUUACAUUCCCAAUUCGUUCUUUCUCUAGGUAGAAUGUGCAGUUCUUGUUUCUUAUUUCUAUGGGAAAGGUUUCUAUAUUUCAAUUU